CGUGGCAUGCGAUGCUUCACUUAUUCUUGUAAAAUAAUGGUGGGCCAACCAAUACUAAUGAAAAAAUGCGCCGAUUUGGUCGGCAUCACCAAACCUAUAUGUUCGACUAGUUAAAAGAAAGAAUUACUAUUGUCAUAAUUUAUGAGAUUAGCAAAGGUAAGGUCGCCGCCAGUUCACCCAAUACAAAGCUACUUCCUUUCUUCACGACCACUGAUCAGAUUCCUUUCUUCACCACAACUGGUCAGAUCCAAGUCUCCUCAGAAGGACCAUUAGAACCAAAGAAGCAACUCAGAUGGGUGGCUCUCAUGAACACAUAGUGUUGCUUCCUUUCAUGGCACAGGGCCAUCUAAUCCCUUUCCUAGCACUAGCAAAACAGAUUCAUCAAAAAACUGGCUUCACCAUAACCAUUGCCACCACCCCCCUCAACGCCAACUACCUCAACUCCACCAUCGCCAAAGACUCCACCACCACCACCACCACCACUGCCGCACAACCACAAAUUCAGGUAGUGGCACUUCCCUUUAACAGCUCCAGCCAUGGCUUACCACCCAACACUGAAACCACUGAGUCCUUGCCUUUGCAUCAAAUCAUAAAUCUCUUUCAUGCCUCCUCUGCUCUUGAACCUCCUUUUCGCCAGCUAAUCUCUGAUAUCGCCGGAAAAGAUGGUCGGACUCCACUCUGUAUAAUCUCCGAUGUGUUCAUGGGCUGGGCUAAUGGUGUUGCCAAGUCUUUUGAAACUGUUAAUGUUAGUUUCACCACCGGUGGUGCCUACGGCACUGCAGCCUAUGUAUCUCUCUGGCAAAACCUUCCACAUCGAUCAAAUGAAGGGUCUGAUGAGUUCAAUCUACCGGGUUUUCCUGAUUCGUGUCAUUUUCAUGUCUCACAGCUUCAUCAGUUUCUGAGAGCUGCCGAUGGUACAGAUAGUUGGUCCCAGUUUUUUCAACCCCAGCUUUCACUUUCUCUAGGCUCUGUUGGGUGGUUGUGCAACACAGUUGAAGCGAUUGAACCUCUGGGUUUCAAAGUUCUGAGGAAUUAUACGAAGCUUCCUGUUUGGUGUAUUGGGCCUCUUCUCCCACCAUCCAUGCUCAAAAGAUCAUCUUCUUCGAAUCUCAAAAUCAUCGGUGACCGGACUGGGAAGGAACCUGGAUUGUCUGCUGAGAAAUGCAUUGAAUGGCUAGAUUUGCACCCUCAUGGUUCUGUUCUGUACAUUUCCUUUGGUUCCCAGAACACUGUCAGUGCUUCACAGAUGAUGGAAUUAGCCAAUGGUUUGGAAGAUAGUGGAAAACCAUUCAUUUGGGUGAUAAGGCCUCCGAUUGGUUUCGACCUGAAAGGUGAAUUCAGAUCUAAAUGGUUGCCGGAGGAGUUUGAAAAGAGAAUGGUUGAGAGCAGAAAAGGGUUGUUGGUGCACAAGUGGGCUCCUCAAUUGGAGGUUUUGUCUCACAAAUCGACAGGGGCUUUUCUAACCCAUUGUGGGUGGAAUUCCGUUUUGGAGAGCUUGAGCCAAGGAGUGCCGAUGAUAGGGUGGCCAUUGGCGGCGGAGCAGGGUUAUAAUUCAAAGAUGCUGGUGGAGGAAAUGGGUGUGUGUGUAGAGUUGACUAGGGGAGUGCAGAGUACUCUUGUGAGGGAGGAGGUGAAGAAAGUUAUUGAGAUAGUGAUGGAUAAAGAGGCAGGAGGAGAGAGAAUGAAGAAAAAAGCAGUGCAAAUUGGAGAGUUGAUGAGAGCAGCAGUAACUGAGGAGGGAGGUCAAAAGGGUUCUGCUCUUCAAGCAAUGGAUGAUUUUGUAUCUUUCCUGCAAUCCGAGCGAAAAUUGUAAUCCUGACUUGAUUGAAUACUAUGAGGCCAAAUGCAAACAAGAGAUUA